UGUUAAACCUUCGAUGAUUGCUUUAGAAUUUAAAACACUUUUUGUGGGUGAGAAAAUUAAAGCUACGACAAAUUGGAAAACUGAUACUGGUUGGCAAAAUGAAGAAGUCAUCGAUUCCGAUUGGAUCGACUCGAAAGGAAUUGUUAGGUUGACAUUGACGUUCGAAAGCACUUCUGUGCUUAUUACUGACAUCGGCAGCAGUCUCAUCACUAAAUUUCCUUUAAACUUUGAACUUGAAAGAGUCAGCAGACUUCAGUUGUGGGGAAAUAUUAAAGAAUUACAAGAAAUUUCCUUAAAAUUUAAUCAACGAGUUAAGCGACGAAGAUCACCAAGAAAGAAAUCAAAAUGA